AAGAAAAUGCUCGAAUAUCCGAGACGGGUAUAACCUCACGGCGCUAUCGUGUCUUCCGCAUUGAAGUCACGCAGCCAAGCCGGGCUCCUGCCAAUCUCAGGUGGGGUGCGUCACACGCGCAAGUCAGCUCCAGCCUCCCCUCUGCGAGUUGAUCUUCGUGGCGCUUAAACUUGGAAACGCCCGUCUCACACCGCAACUCUAUUUCAACCUCCGGGUUUCCAGCUUGUUUUCGUCAGCCCGGGAUAACCGCUCAUUUUACCGAUUGCAACAGUCACCAUCCACUAAGCCUUUUGCAUUCCAUCAAUCGAGUUUCCUCGAGUUUACCGGCAAGAAAAGAAAAGCCACGAGCCACGAUGCCUACCGCCGCCGGACCCAAGCUGCAGCCGCCCAUGGAGGCUGCCAACCCCGCACAGCUCCAGGCCGAGCCCAGCGCGAAGGUCGUCGUCACGAAACAGCCGACGUCCGAGCCUCGUCCGAUGAUGGAACAGGAUGACAUGGCCCUGCGCGGCGGCGGCCUCAACCACUAUUGCGGGUUCUCGUGCUGCGAUGGGCGCUGCAACUUCCGGCUGUGCUAAGGUCCGAAGGCUAUUGAGGAGGAUGGGGUUUGUUCAGUCGGAUGCAGUGAUUGAAGAGGUGCUAGAAUGGUUUCUCAGAUGGACGCGACAGG